AUGCGCGUCUUGAAAGUCGAUGUUCCACUCCCACCACAGCCAACGAUCGAGACGGUCCAAGUCAGGCCAACAAGCCGACAGCUGACGGCCCUCAUCACCGACGACAUCACUACCGGCACCGGCACUGGGGACGGCCUGAUUCUUCCUGUUUUCGCAGAUCUCGCACCUGGCCCUAACAACCACAUUUGUUUCCGAAGCUUGCGCUUGCCUGGCGGGACCGCGGCGCUUCAGGUGGAAGAGGAAAUGGGCGAGAGCAUGGCCCGUCAUGUGUGGGAUGGCGGCCUCACCACCGCUUGUUUUGUUGCCAACAUGAUCCUUGGCCAAACGGCGGCUCCCACAAUCAGCAACAGUACCACUACUACCAAGGCGUCGUCGUUGCCCAUGCUGGCAAACAUUCUGCAACAAAAUGAUGGACCUCUAAACAUUAUGGAGCUAGGCUGCGGUGUGGGCAUCUUGGGUCUCGGUGUUGCACGCAUCCUGGGAAUAUCAUCGCAAGCGACAGCAGAGAAAUCGACCCUUCUCAUGACCGAUCUCCCAGACGCAGAAGAACGGACGCUGGCCAACAUUGCCCGUUCGGCGGACCAAACCGCCUGCUCCGUGAUGUACGAAAACCUGGAUUGGGAAGACGGAAAGGAUGGCAUUUUCGGCCCCGAGGUGAUGUCGCGGGCUUGGGACCUGGUGAUUUUAAGCGACUGCACGUAUAAUGACCUGCUGCCCAUCCUGGUCAAGACUCUUUCCGCUGUUCAUGCUCAUUCUGCUCAGCACUCCAGCCCUGCCAACACCAAGAUCUUGCUCUCCACGAAACCAAGACACUCUGAUGAAAGGGAGUUCUUUGACCUCAUGUCGAAGGAUGGAUGGUCGAUAGAGGAGGAAGUGAAGCUGCCGCUCCCUGUUCUGUAUGAUGAGGCGCAGACCGUUGAGGUCUACCUGUUCUCGAAGAGCUAA